AUGUCUGGAUAUGGAGAAGAGCCACCAAAAAUACUGCGAAAUUGGAUGCAAAAGCACUAUGGUUAUGUUGCUGUUGAUGAAAGCGUCAAUUUAACGUAUACAAACGAUGACAUUCGACUAUGUACUAUACAGCGUACCAUACCGCAACAGACUAUAGGUGUCGUUUCCCAUUAUUUUUCACCACAACGGUUUCAUUACAUCACACUAACUGAAGAUUCGCCACCGAGUUUAACUCGUCGAGCAGGACUAAAAUCCUUUGAUCGAAUCAUCUUUUUAAAUGGUGUCAAUAUUGAGAAUGACACUUGCGAUGAUAUGCUUUUUCGCUUUGAUACUGCACGACACCUUCCAGUUCAAAUGCUUGUCUGCAGCCCAGCUACAUAUGAACAUUAUAAAACUAAUAAAAAGCAAUUUCAUCUUGAUCUUCCAAGUAUUCAACAUGUAAAGCCAGUAUUUGCAACAUCAACAUCGGAUUUUGAUGCAGAUACAACAUCAGUUUCUAUUGACAAUGAAAGUUUUUAUGCUGUCCGAUGGGAAAACAGUAACAUUGUUUCGACAGUAUCUCAAUCAGCCGUUUUUAAGUCACCUCAAUAUACUCAUUUGAAUGAUAUCUGUUGCAUCAAAACAGCAGGACAAUAUAAAAAAGGACAAAUUAUUUUGAAAGGUUCACGGCAUGAUUGUGAAAAGUUGAAGACGCCUUAUUUUGCAUCGAAAAUUGGCAAUGUUUUCGGUACAUUCAGCAAAUUUUUCAUUAGAAAAACUCCAAAUGGCUCCCACGUUACUAAUCUACAAUCCGAUACAAUACAAACUGAUUUAACUAUUCACCAUACAAAUGAUAAUAAUACAAGUACACGUACUACAUUGGAAGAACUUCCCAACGAAUUAUUUUACUGUAUAUUCACUUUUAUCGAUAUUCAACACUUAUAUAAAGCUUUCGGGGAGCUUAAUUCACGACUAAACCAUAAUAUUCAAUCCUAUAAAAACUUUUCUCUAAUAUUCGACGAUAAAGUUGAUCUGUUGUUGAUGAACUCAUAUGCACCUUACGUCACUCGUUUGAUUAUUCCGACGUCUAUCCAUUGUGAUUUUAAGCAAUUUCCUAAUUUACAUGAAUUGAUAUUGUGUACUGAAAAUUCACAGCAAUUUGCACAGAUUCAACCGAAUGUCAUUUCCAAUCUCACUCGUCUAUCGUUUUUGUUAGGAUCUAAAUUCACUUUACCACAAGAAUUAACUUGGGAUAUUUUUUCCAAUCAAUUCCCAUCUCUUCGGCACGUUAGUUUCGGUUGUAUCAAUGUGUCUCUCCGUAAUUCAUGGACUAAGUCACCUUCUCUCCAGUUUGUAUCAAUUCUUUCUUGUAAACCAAUGUGCAUUCCGGCUAUUCUUACUGCAUGUCCUAAUCUUCAACAUCUUCAGGUUAAUAUUUUAUAUAACGAUCAUAAUGAUCUUAUCACUUCAUCUUCACCAUUGAAUCAUCCACUUCGACGGCUAACCCUUUGGAGUGAUUAUGCCGAGUUAACCUUCGAUGCUAUUGACAAUAUUCUUACUUAUACACUAAACAUUGAAUCUUUCUAUUUACAAACAAUAUAUUCUAUGUCAUUGAUUGAUUUAGCCCAUGAUCUAGUGAGGCGACUCCAUUAUUUGUCACGGUUCGAUUGUUAUAUUAGAGAAAAGUUAACAAAAAAUGAUAGAAUUAACAAUUUAACUGAUCUACAUCAAAUUCAUCCGUGUUUUCAUCGAGUUCAAUCCAUAGAAGAAAAUGACAAAUUUCGAGUUUUAGCUACGAAAUAA